GUUUCUAGUAGCCGUAUUAAGAAUUGAACCAACCGAGCCUAAUAACAACUUAAGUACGUAGCAAUCUACCUCCCCAAGACGUCCGAUAGAUGGUUGCCGCACAUAAUCACUGGGCUGCGUCCUAUUUCUCCACUCCACUCCUCCGUCAUAUAUGAUUGAUUGUCCAUCAUGCCAGCAAAUGAGCAGAUACGAACAGGAGCUUGCUUGUGCAAGAAGAUCACGUUCCAGAUUAGAGGAGAAGAGUUGAACUUUGCCAUCUGUCAUUGUACGAACUGUAGACGGAACUGUGGAGCAACAUAUACCGCGAACGCCUGGUUUCUGGACAAUCAAUUCGAGUGGAAGUCAGGCGACGACCUCCUGAAGCAGUUUGACGAUAGAGAAACAGAAACCGGCGAAGUCGUUCAUCGCUCAUUUUGUGCCAACUGCGGUUCACCAAUGUUGACAAAAUCUCCUCGCAUGCCAGGAAUCGUGAUCAUACCCAGCGGAGUCUUCGACGGGCACCACAACUGGAAGCCAAGUUACGAGCAGUGGAGGCGAAGUAAGGACUGUUUUGUUGACCCUAUACGAGCCGUCAAGGACGAGAGUCGUUACAAUGAGCAUCCAGAUCUGAAAGAGUUUGAGAACAUUUGGGACAAGAGUGGUACAAGGCCAGCCCAAGAGUUUAUUGAACGCUAAAUACACAUAUAUAUUGUUC